AUGUCUUCAGUGACGACUCCAUCUCGUGUGGGCAGAAGCCAGAUGGUUCCCUCUCUCGACACCAAGCCGACGGCGGAGGAGAUUACGACUGCGUUGUCGUAUGCAGGAUUGCACACCCCACCGCACUCGGCCAACGAGAGUCGACGGCCGUCCACACAGUACUCAUGGUUCGACGGCUCCUGUCCGUCUUAUGGCACCGUCUUCUCCCAACCAACUACACCUGUCAAUAGGACUCACCACGGGCAUGGCAAUCUUGAACCCUCGUGGUCCGAUGUCGACGCCUUGAGGACUGCCGUCUCCAGCCAGUUGAUCGACACGCCCUUUGGCAACAGCAGUUUUCGCCAUGAUGCUGUCCACACGACGCCAGCCAACAGCUUUGUAUCGUACUCCGUUUCUGAGAAGCACGGCAUCGUCGACCCUUUCGCUCUUCACUACCCCUCCGCCCUCUCGCAGCCUGACGCAUGGUCUCAGUCGACGGCGUCUAUGUUCGGUGCACAGAUGCCGUGCCUGGCGUCGGAUCUCUUCGACACACCACACAGUCAUCCGUCCGAGCGCACGGCGAACUCGCAGUACUACAACCCCCGACAGUCCAUCACGACACUUCGCGGCGGCAGCAUCGACGGUAACAUUCUCGGUUCGGCGCACGAGCCUGCCAACCAAGAUCUCGCCCUUUAUCACCAUCCGCAAGUCGUCGUCCCUUCCUUGCUCGCUCCGCAAGAUGUCUACUACCAGUCGCAAUUCGCCGAGUACUCCAGCCCGGAGUCGAGCAACGAAGGCUUCAUCGGUGGUCUCCCAAACUCGGCGGCGAAUAGUUUCGGGUCUUUCGAGAUGAUGAGCACGCCGAGCCCCAUGGACAUGUACUUUGACCAUGCGGAGAGCGAGUACCUCCUGGUCAAAGCGGAAGAGACGUCCACCGACACCAAGCCAUACCAUCCGCGCACCGUCAAGCGAAGCCCCUUUGCACCAAGACGCCCGGGCAGCAAGCGCUCUCGUAACGAGAAGCGUGCCUGGCACGAGCACGAGUCGGGCGGGAUCCAAGUGAAGUGCGAGGGGCGCGAAUUCGACCUCAGCAAACCCAUCAAAGUCCCCUCUCAGGCCCAGCUGAAGCCGUUCAAAUGCGAGCACAUCCUGCCCAGCGGGAAAGAAUGCAGCAGCCGCUUCCAGCGCGCCGAACACCUCAAGCGCCACGUCGGCUCGCACAGCCUGUUCCGCGCGUACAGAUGCCCGCUCCCGGAUUGCACGUGGGGCAUCGGCCGGUCGGACAAUGCGUGCGACCACUUCAAGACGCAUCUGAAGCCGAAGACCAAGGGGAAGCGCAACCUCACCGUUGAGUGGCACGUUUUGCACCAGGCCAUUUUGGAGAAGUUCGACGAGGCGCAUUCCGAGAAGCUGAUUACGAAUUUGUCGCGGUGGAUUGAGCGCGGGAUGCCGCCGAGUGGUGGUACCGAUCGGCGGAUGAUGGAUAUUGUGAAAGGGGAGUGA